AUGCUGAACGCAAUCGCACCUAGUGAAGUCCCACAAGUUAUCAAGGCGCCCGAGUUUACUCGACGCAAGAACUGGUCUCAAAGCAUUCUGGACGAGUUGCGAGAUUUGGUUUUGGUCAUUACGCCCGACUACACCGUUCUCUAUUGUUCGCCUGCCUCGAGUGAAUGCCUCGGCUACGAGCCACUCGAACUGACCAAUCAUCGAGUCACCGAAUUCAUUCAUGUCGACGAUGUCGAUUCGUUCACUCGGGACUUUCGAAUUUGCAAGGACACCAUGGAGCCAUUCAAGGGUGUCUUUCGUUUACAAGGCAAGGACGGCAAGUUCAAAAUGGUUGAAAUGACAGGUCACUUUUACAGAAAGUGCUUUUUUGGCACUACACGAGUGAUCCCCGUGACCGCUACGCGUACCAUGGAAGCCUUUUUGGAGCUCAAGAUGGAGAACGAGGCUUUGAAGCAGAAGCUGCAUGAACUGGAGGCGGAGGACGAGCUUGACGAUGAUGAAGGCGAAGAUGGAGAACUGCAGCAGCAGCAGCAGCAACAACAGAGCCAGCAACUACUUGAGCGAGCAGAUGCGACGGCACCGUACGUCUACACACCUGGUAUCAUCACCUCGUACGAUAUCUCAGAGACAUUGUCCCUGUUCACUGGUCUGCAUUAUGAGAUUGGUGAACGAUCCCGCGGUAUCUCGAUGGGUAUUGAAGGCGAGCUGCUGAACGUUUCGCCCGAAAGCAGGGCUGAACUCCCCACCGUGGUGGGCCCUGUGGAUAAAGAAGUUGCUUCCGAAGAGCCUCAGCGAAAGAGCAAGAAGAAACGUGUCGAGGUUGAACCACGACUGCGUAUCUGCACUGGCUGUGGCACCACCGAUGCUCCUGAAUGGAGAAAGGGACCCAUGGGACCAAAAACACUCUGCAAUGCUUGUGGCUUACGCUGGGCCAAGACCCAGAAACAAGUUCAAGAACAAUAG